CAUCCCUCAAACACACCGCCACCAUCUUCACUUGAGAUUCAUAGCUCCUCACCAUCGAAGUUCUUCAUUUCGCUAGUCAAUUCCAUCAUGGCAAACUAUCACAGGUUUGUGCACAUUUUGGGAUUGUUUGUCCUUGCUCUGUCCUUGAUGAUCGGCGAGAAUUCUGUUGAAGCUCGCCAACUUUUGGAGUUAGCAUUGCCUGAAGUGCCUGAAUUACCUAAGCCUGAAUUGCCUCACCUUCCCGACAUUCCGAGCCUACCCAAGCCAGAAUUGCCAUCUUUGCCAAAAGUUGAAUUGCCGUCGGUUCCUGAACUUCCAAAGCCUGAAUUACCAACAAUACCAAAGCCAGAAUUACCAGAAGUGCCUGAACUGCCCAAACCCGAAUUGCCUCAUCUUCCUGACAUUGUGAGCUUGCCCAAGCCAGAAUUGCCUGAAGUGCCUGAAGUGCCUGAAGUGCCUGAAUUACCUAAGCCCGAAUUGCCUCACCUUCACGACAUUCCGAGCCUACCCAAGCCAGAAUUGCCAUCUUUGCCAAAAGUUGAAUUGCCAUCGGUUCCUAAACUUCCAAAGCCUGAAUUACCAACAAUACCAAAGCCAUAA